CCGCAGUGAGCGGAGCCGGGGGGCGGAACAAGAUGGCGGCGCGCAGCCGCAGGGCGGCGCCGGGGGCUGGGCCAAGAUGGCGGCGCCCGGCGGCGGCGCGGCGGAGUGAGGCGGCCGGAGCCCCAUGGCGGCGCCGGGGCAGGUCCCCGCCGAGGCCCUGCGGGCCGUGCUGAAGCCGAGCGGGCCCCUCCCGACCGACAGCCUCCCGGUGCGUGGGUACGACUUCGCCGGCGGCCCGGACCACGCCGCUCUGCUCCGUUCCUUUCUCACCACCGGUUUCCAGGCCACCAGCUUCGCCCAGGCCGUCGCCGAGAUCCACCGGAUGAUCGCGGCGAAGCUGGAGCCGCUGAGCGAGGAGGAGCGGGCCCGGGCCGGGCUGGGCGGUCCGCGGCCGCCCUCGGGCUGCACCAUCUUCCUGGGCUUCACCUCCAACCUCAUCAGCUCCGGCGUCCGGGAGACCAUCCGCUACCUGGUGCAGCACAACAUGGUGGACGUGCUGGUGACAACAGCGGGGGGCGUGGAGGAGGAUCUCAUCAAGUGCCUGGCGCCCACCUACAUCGGGGACUUCAGCCUGCGGGGCCAGGACCUGCGCCAGAGCGGCAUCAACAGGAUCGGGAACCUGCUGGUGCCCAACGACAACUACUGCAAGUUUGAGGACUGGCUGAUGCCCAUCCUGGAGCAGAUGGUGGAUGAGCAGGAAACGCAGGGUGCAAGGUGGACUCCCUCCAGGAUGAUCGCGCGGCUGGGCAAGGAGAUCAACAACCCCGAAUCAGUCUGUUACUGGGCGCAGAAGAACAACAUCCCGGUGCUGAGCCCGGCGCUCACCGACGGCUCCCUGGGGGACAUGAUCUUUUUCCACUCCUACAAGCGCCCAGGGUUGGUGCUGGACAUCGUGGAGGACCUGCGCCUCAUUAACACCCAGGCCCUCUUUGCCAGGAAGACGGGAAUGAUUAUCCUGGGCGGGGGGCUGGUGAAGCACCACAUCGCCAACGCCAACCUCAUGAGGAAUGGGGCCGACUUCUCCGUCUACGUCAACACGGCGCAGGAGUUCGACGGUUCUGACUCUGGGGCGCGGCCAGACGAGGCUGUGUCCUGGGGCAAGAUCCGAAUGGAUGCCACCCCCGUCAAGGUCUAUGCUGAUGCCUCCCUAGUCUUUCCGCUGCUGGUGGCGGAGACGUUUGCCCAGAGAGCUGAUGCCUUUGCCUCAGAGAAGCCAGGAGACUGAACCAGUGGCAGGGUGUCCCAGGGCGUGAGACCCCACCCUGGGAGGGGUCUGCCCCACCUUGGGGGGGCUGAGCCCCCAGUACCUCACCUUGGGAGGGGUCUGCCCCACCUUGGGGGGGCUGAGCCCCCAGUACCUCUGCAGGGGCUCCCAUCUUGAUGCCCCCAGGCUCCGCUCCCUGCGCCCUAACACCAGUGAGUGCAGAGCCGGAGAGAGCAGGGCGAUUCUGGGGGAGUGGGGGAGCCAGGACCCCCCAACACCACCUGCCUGUCACGUGUGUCCUAUCACUGUCUGCCUGCUCCCCUCUCCCCAGUACUUAUAUUUAUUUGAGCUGCCUGGGCGGCUCUGUGCGCUCCCAAUAAAGCACGGCGGCUUCUCCAC